AUGUUUUUUACCCCCGUAAUCACCCUUCUGGCAUAUCCACUCCCCCAGCAUGACGAUGGUCGUACCGACUUGACCUUCCUCCUUCAGCUUCACCUUUCUCCCGUCACGCCCAGCACCCUCCUCCCUCGUGAGCAUUUUUUUGAAUAUUCACACCCGAACUUCCGGUCUCGCCAGCUCGUUACGAUCCCGCCUCCUCUUCAAAACCAGCGACACCCUUUCGUCCGCUCGAAACCCCCCUCUAUCCCCGCCUCCAACGUUCACCGAAAUCCAGCUGCGCCGAUUGCGAUCUUGUGCGUGACAGGUGGCUGUCUUCUCAUCCCAGCAAGAGGCCGCGGCCGUCCCGUCGGGCUGACACCUGUCGCCUCUGCGCGCCACAAUUUAACACUCGCUCCCCGCUGCUCCGAGUCCGCGGGGGACGCGGAACAGAAGAAGAAAAGUCAGAUGAUUGAUCGGAAACUCGAGGAAGACUCUAGGCGGUUGCGCCGGGAAUGCAAGAUCCUCCUCCUGGGCUCCGGCGAGAGUGGCAAGUCCACGAUUGUCAAGCAGAUGAAGAUUAUCCACCAAAAUGGCUACUCAGUCGAGGAGCUGGCUCUAUAUCGACUGACCGUUUUCAAGAACCUGCUUGAUUGUGCCAAGGCUCUGAUUGAAGGAUAUCGCCUUUUCGAUCUCGAGCCAUCAAGCCAAAAGGUCAAGGACUACAUCACGUUCCUCGAAGAGUACCACGUGGACCCUGAUCCCAAUACGCCGCUUGAUUCGAAAAUAGGAGAUGCAAUCACAUAUCUAUGGAAUGACCCUUGCACAUCAACGGUUCUAGAGCGCCAAAAUGAGUUCUACUUGAUGGACUCUGCACCAUAUUUUUUCGAGGAAGCCAAGCGAAUAACGUCCCCGGACUACACACCGAAUGUGUCAGAUGUGUUACGAGCGCGAACCAAGACCACUGGUAUAUACGAAACACGUUUCACUAUGGGUCAAUUGAGCAUACACAUGUUUGACGUGGGUGGCCAGCGCAGCGAGCGGAAGAAGUGGAUUCAUUGCUUCGAGAACGUGACCUCCAUUAUCUUCUGCGUGGCUUUGAGUGAGUACGACCAAAUGUUGCUGGAAGAGAGCAAUCAAAACCGCAUGAUGGAAAGUUUAGUUCUCUUCGACUCUGUGGUCAACUCUCGAUGGUUCAUGCGGACGAGUAUCAUCCUCUUCUUGAACAAGGUUGAUCUCUUCCGACAGAAGCUCCCACGCUCCCCAUUGAGCAAUUACUUCCCAGACUAUUCGGGCGGUAACGAUGUGAACCGAGCAGCGAAGUAUCUUCUCUGGCGGUUCAACCAGGUGAAUCGCGCGCACCUAAAUCUCUAUCCACACCUCACUCAAGCCACCGAUACAACAAAUAUUCGGCUCGUCUUUGCGGCGGUGAAAGAGACCAUUUUGCAGAACGCCCUGAAAGACUCAGGCAUUCUUUAA